UGGGGGUGGGGAAAAGGUCUGUAGAUUUUAAGCUUUGAAAAAACAUUAGCAAAAGAGUAAGUCAGUCUCCUUUUCUGGGGGGUUAUAUUUUUAAAUGAUUGUGUUAAAAAUUGGUAGACCCAGGAAGCUUUCUGACCUUUUGCUUUGUGACAACAUGCUAAGUUUCUUUUCUCCCCCCUCUCUAGAUACUUACUGGAGCAAGAUUUCCCUGGCAUGAGGAUUGGUCCAGAGCCCACCACCGAUUCCUUCAUCGCUGUGAUGUAUGGGGAAAGCGAGGGCAGCACUCCCGGGAAUGCUUUAGUCGUGGACCCCAAAAAGCCAUUUCGAAAGCUCGGUCGCUUUGGAAAUGCUUUCCUGAAUCGAUUCAUGUGUUCCCAGCUGCCCAAUCAGGUCCUGAAGAGUAUCAGCAUCAUCGACAGCCCUGGCAUCCUGUCUGGAGAGAAGCAGCGCAUUAGCCGAGGGUACGACUUCUGCCAGGUCCUGCAGUGGUUCGCUGAGCGGGUCGACAGGAUCAUCCUGCUCUUUGAUGCUCACAAACUCGACAUCUCGGAUGAGUUCUCAGAGGCCAUUAAGGCCUUCCGGGGCCAGGACGACAAGAUCCGUGUGGUGUUGAACAAGGCUGACCAAGUGGACACGCAGCAGCUGAUGCGUGUCUACGGGGCCCUCAUGUGGUCCCUGGGCAAGGUCAUCAACACACCCGAGGUGCUGCGCGUCUACAUCGGCUCCUUCUGGGCGCAGCCCCUCCAGAACACUGACAACCGCAGGCUUUUCGAGGCGGAGGCCCAAGACCUCUUCAGAGACAUACAGAGCCUGCCCCAGAAGGCAGCGGUGCGCAAGCUCAACGACCUCAUCAAGAGAGCAAGGCUGGCCAAGGUACACGCCUACAUCAUCAGCCACCUGAAGAAGGAGAUGCCGAGUGUUUUUGGAAAGGAAAACAAGAAAAGAGAGCUUAUCAGCAGGUUGCCAGAAAUCUACAUUCAGCUGCAGCGAGAAUACCAGAUUUCUGCAGGGGACUUCCCGGAGGUCAAGGCAAUGCAGGAACAGCUUGAGAACUACGACUUCACCAAAUUCCACUCGCUGAAGCCCAAGCUGAUCGAGGCCGUGGACAACAUGCUGACCAGCAAGAUCUCAUCCCUGAUGAGCCUCAUCAGCCAGGAGGAGCUGAACAUGCCCAUGCAGCUCGUGCAGGGCGGCGCCUUUGACGGCACCUCAGAGGGCCCCUUCAACCAGGGCUACGGGGAGGGCGCCAAGGAGGGCGCCGAUGAGGAGGAGUGGGUUGUGGCCAAAGACAAGCCUGUCUACGACGAGCUCUUCUACGCCCUGUCGCCCAUCAAUGGCAAGAUAUCGGGCGUCAACGCCAAAAAGGAGAUGGUGACCUCCAAGCUGCCCAACAGUGUCCUGGGCAAGAUCUGGAAGCUGGCCGACUGUGACUGCGACGGCAUGCUGGACGAGGAGGAGUUCGCGCUGGCCAAGCACCUCAUCAAGAUCAAGCUGGACGGCUACGAGCUACCCAACAGCCUGCCCCCUCAUCUUGUGCCCCCCUCUCACAGGAAGUCCUUUCAGAAAGCCGACUGAGGGGCAAGCUGCCCACAGGGCAGGCAGUGCGGGGUGGGACUCCUGGGACAUGGGCCUGAGGCCUUUGCUGCCACUGACUCACUGAGUGACCCCGGGCAAGGCACUGCCCUCUCUGUGCCUCAGUUUCCCCAUCUGUAGAAUGGGGAGGGCAGACACUGGACACUAGAUGAGGUUCUUUCACCUCUAAAAAUCCCUGAAUUUUUAUUAAAAUAUUGGGGGGAGGUGGGGUAAGGAGAUUGCAGGGUGGAGAAGAAAGAGAAAUUGACCAAAGAGCACUCAGAAGCCUGGAGAGACCUAAGUGUGGGGGCGGGCUUGCGGGGGUCCCAGGAGCUCGGGGCGUGAGCUGGGGCACAGCUGCAGCGUGUCUGCUGGGCUUCCCUGGACCGGCUUCCCUGGACCGCUCCUCAUCAUAAACCUGUUUGUCCCUCAGGGCAACCUGAGGGAGCAAAGAUGAUCUUAUUUA